AUGGAGGCCUUUCUGAGGAGGAAGAAAGAAGCAAAAAGGCUGGUCGACAUGAACGGGGAGCUCCCCAGGUACGCCUAUAUUUACGAUAAUUGCCAAAAGGACGUGUGCAACAUUUAUAUGAAUAUAUACAAGAAGUGUAAAGAAGGAGUUGCGGCGAAGGGGGAAGAUGUUUUUGGAGACAACCCCAGAGAGAUGGAAGAAACGGUUAAACGCUUCGUGGAGGAAAAGAACAUUAAUGAUGAUGGAAGGGACAAGUCCAUUAAGAAAAGCAUCGAUUUGCUAAUUUCUCCGUGUAUUUACGAGAUAAAUAGAAGCCCCAAUUAUUUCACCAGCUCGUGCUGCUCGGGGAGGAUAGUCGUCUUUGGCGAAGCGAGCGAGGAGGACCAGGAAGGCGAAGUAGGACAAGGGGGCGACGUGAAAGACACUGCCAAUGGUAGGACAAAACGGACCUUCGAAGAAGACGCGUUCGUUUCGUACUUAAAGAGGAGUUACCAUGGGGGGUUGCCAGCUGAUCCACCUGUGAGAGGUUGCUACUCAGAUCAUCAGUCCGACUCUACUGUGCAGGAAAGGAGCGCCCCCCCCGAGAAGACGAAAAGAAAACACAGAAAAAAUGUGAAGAUAUAUUACUCCAGCCAUAUGCAUCAGAAUCUGAGAGAAGCCUCCAAGUUGGUGAAGCGUAUUUUAACGGAGUGCUUAGGUGGUGCGACAACUCCCCCGCCUGUGAGUACGGAAAGGGAGGAAAACUCCGGGGGGGUAGCUACCCAGUGGAGCGCACCAAGUAGGAGAAGGAAGAAAGUAGCUCGACGGAAUAAUCCCGGAGAAGCGCUAAUCUGGACAGAUGAUGAAGACCUCACCAUAGUGACCCCAAAAAAGACCACAAGGAUCUUCUUUAAAUUUGAACCGUUCAUUAUUCACGUUAAGUGUGUCAACCUGGAGAGUGCACUGAGGUUGCUGAAAAUGGGACAGAUGGCUGGACUGAAGCAGAGCGGACUUCUGAACUUUAACCGUUACGUUACUGUUGCGAUUAGGGGAUCUAUGCGACUUGAGCAUUAUGUGGAGGAUCCGCUUUCACUGGAGGAGGACUCCAUAGCGAAGCUGCUUCACGUGUGCAAUGGAAAGAUGGACCACAAUCUGAGGCAGCUUGUGGGGUUUUACCACUGCUAUAGGGAGAGUACGUUGGGGGGGGAUUCCAAGUGGCAUCCCCUCCAGUUGUACCAGGUGCAAUGUCCGCAGUGUCUGAAGUGUGAGAAACGUUCACAGUGCGCGCAGGUGUGCCCUUGUGAUGGCGAUCAACGGGUAAGACUUCCCCUUCAGGGAACCAUCAAAAAGGACCUUCCCUGGUCAGGCCAAAGUGAAGGAAAAGGAAGCCCCACUACUCUGCCUAACACGCAGUGGGAGAAAAACCCAGCGAUGAAAGAAAAAAAAAAAAAAAAGGAAGAAAAAGAAAAAGGAGAAAUAAAUUUGAAAAAAUACAACAUGGAACUGUCGAGCGAGGGACACAUAGGGACUGGUACUUCCCCAAUGGGGGGGGACUCCUCACUGCAGUGGAAGCUCCUUUCCAGUGAGGGCGACCUGGACAAGUUCUUCGUUUGGGGGCAUGAUAUGUUUAUAGAGGAGGGGAAGAUUUACCUGUUCGGUGGGUUUGCUAAGGGAGUCAGGAGUCGUGAGUUGAAAAUAUUCGACGUGAGGAGGAAGAGCCUUAAGACUUACCAGACGCCGUUGCCCUCGCUGUCGUACCAUUGCUUCUUCCGGCUGGACAGAAACUACGCGUGUGUUUUCGGUGGUAGGAGGAGCCCUGAAUGUUGUACGAGUGACGUUUGGCUCUAUGAUGUGCGAAGGAAUACCUGGUGCGCGGCGGAGUGGCGGAGUAAUGGUGAGAAAACUCGUGAGGAUGGGCGUGGGGAUGAGCGCGGUGAUGGUGAGGACAGCUUCCGUCCGUGCGGUAGAUACCGACACGCGUGUGUAUUCGUCCGGAGGUACCGCAAGAAGCAGAAGGAGGUUUAUCUCUUCUAUGUGCACGGAGGCGUUACGGAGAAGAAUGAAGUACUGAAUGAUCUGUGGGAGGGGAAGCUAACCGUUCAGGGGGAUAUGUCCAUGAGGGCAACUCCCCUCAUCAAAUGGGAGAGGAAGCAUCGCUUAGAAGAGGCCAAACAAGAGGGGGAAUCCCCAUCCCCAUUUGUAAAGAACCACACCAUGGUGUAUAAUAAAAGGAGGAACUUGAUUCACAUCGUCGGGGGGUGUUCCUCUUCCUGUGCUGAGGGUGCACCCUCGAGUCACCCCCGUGAGGAAGAUUAUAUGGAUCACCUACACACGUAUGACCUGAAGAGGGACUGCUUUUUUUACCUUCGCUGUGGAACCAGUGGGGAGGAUGGCCAAGCGAGCUUCCCAUUGAAUCGAUUCUCGCACGGGACAUGCGCGUGGGGGCACAACGAUUUUGUCCUUAUGGGAGGCCUCAACAUGCAUCGGACGCUGAACGAUGUGUGGCUCUUUCGAAUGAAGGAGAGGAAGUGGUACCGGCUGGGUGUGUUCCCCUUCCAUAGUAUGUACGUGAGGGCGAAGAUUGUCAAUGAGGGAGACUACCUGUACGUGGUCGGAGGCGGAUGCACCGUCUUUACCUUCGGAAGCUUCUUCGACGUGCCCGUUGUUGCGAAUUGUAGGAAGGUGUUGGUGGAAAAGGGGGUAGAGAAGGGGCUAGAAACGGGGGUGUAUAAGGGGAUGGAAAAGCCAGUGUGCCAAUGGGAAAACAGAGCCAUAGAAAACCCGGCAGACACACGGGUAGAAAAUGGGGCAAAGAACCAGGGAGACAACCUGCUUGACGAAGAAGCCGGAGGGGCGCCUGACUUGGCGAAAUCGUAUCUUUACCUCGAGAAGAGUGAAAAGAGGCCACAAAGAAAAUCGCACAGGAGUGUCCGCCACAGCCGAAUGGCGACCUCCCCAGGGAAGAAGCCACCAGGGGAGCUGCUCUACCUAAUUGCAAAGAACCGAACCUACGUGAAGGAGGUGAAAACCGCUUUGGAGCAGAUAGGGGCUUUCGAUAAGGGUCGAAAAAUUGAGGUGUACAAAGAAGGUACAAGUGGCGGGAACGAUCAAGACUCCUUUUUCGUACCAGUUUUGGCAAAAAUAGAGACACUAAAAAAUUAUGAACAGGUCAGGCGAUUUUUUCCAUUUGAGAAGAUACAGUUUACAAAGGAGGGGCAAAUUUUCUACAUACAUAGGAGUCCCCAGGGAGGGGAGGAAAAAACAAACUUGAAGCGAUGUCUGACAAAUCUGUUUUACAAUUUUGCUAAUGAGAAGGUGAAGAAGUACUUGAGCGAGUCUGAGAGGAAGCUCAUCGUCAGGGCCAGUGGCAAGUAUGAAGUUGUGGGGGGUAUUGUAAUUUUCCACUAUAAGCAUUUGGGGUCGAUUCUCCGGCUGUACCGCACGUGUGUUUGGGGAAGUGCAUCGAAGUGCACGGAGAUGCAGACGGGGAGGUAUGCCCGCCUGAGGGCCCUGCUGAGGAAGUGCAAACAUAGGGAGCUCAUCUCAUCUGUGGACGCGCUUUGGCUGGACGUGAGAGACGCAUUCAACCGGUUUCGAUUCCGGGGCGGCCACCGAGGGAGGGUGGCCAGGAGGCAGCCAAGACUGCGCCUGAGGUACAUUGGAACGUUUCUUAAAUUUUCGAGCCUGGCGAGGAGGCGCACCGUGUUGCGCGGCCUGUCGGUUUCAGCUCGGUGGGGCAGGAAAUCCCCCCUUGGGGGGAGAGAGAAAUCCCAUUGUAGUAGGGAAAAAAAAGCGGGUCUUCUUAACCACCCCUGGUGCUCCCCUCCAUACAGAGGACGGCGAGCAGUAAAGUUGUACCAGCUAGCCAAAAUGAAGAAGCAAUUGAAAGAGCUGCAUUACAGCAAAUACGGGAUAAGGACCAACCCACGAGGAAAAAGAAUCAAAGCAAUCGCUGUUUACGAACAAAUAGAAGGAGUGAAGAGAAAAAAUAAAAUCCACUUAGUGCUCGGAAGGAACACCAAAACGGUACACAUAGAAAAUAACGUUGUGUAUAAGUUGGACUUACAAAAAUGCAUGUUCUGCUCUGGAAAUGGGACGGAAAAGGAAAGGAUAAAAAAUCUCUAUUUAGAUCCAUCCAACAUGGUGGUAAGCAAGGAAAACGUUGUCGAUUUGUUCUGUGGUGCUGGGUACUUCACUCUUCCUCUGCUAAAGUUUGUUGGCGAGGGGAAGAUAAAGGAGUAUUACGCGUGUGACAUUAAUGGUGAUUCUUUGAGGUUAUUGAGGGAUGCAGUAAAGAUGAAUGGCAUUGAGACAACCCAAUUGCACAUCUUAAGACAGAACUCGUUUGUCGUGACGAAGAAUGCGCAGCUCGUUCGGAGAUGUCAUCGUGUUUUUCUCGGCUUGUUGCCGCACAGCGUAGAAGCCUGGUGUAACGCAUUUCAACUUCUAGACGAUAACGUGGGGGGUACACUCCACAUACACGGCGUUGGAGAAAACGUUUUCGAAGAGCAGUUCUUCUCGCGAGUCUCUACAUAUGAUUACGUGAGCAGUGUGAAGGGGGUUAGCCAGACUGCUGUCACAGAUUUGUCCUUGACUGAGUUGGUUCGACGUGGGCUCCACGUGGCGGACAAGCUGCAAAGUGAAGCAUUCCCCUCCAUUGGGAAGUCGUGUCCCCGCGGUGAGGUGGUAACCUCGGGUGAUGGAGACAAAUUCGGGAAGAAGGCCAAGAGCCCCUACAGAGGCAACAAGGUCCCCGAAAGUCUCCACUUCGCUCAGUUCGUACUGCUGGAGAUUUUUAAGCUGACCCUGAAGGAUUACCUGGAGCACAAGACGAAUUGGGUCAUCUCCAUACUGCACGUGGAGCGCGUUAAGUCCUACGCGCCGCGUGUUUAUCACUACGUGGUGGACGUGCGCUGCAUGCCGCAGGGGCGCGGCGGUGGAGAGGUGUAG